AUGUCAAACUUAUCUUUUUCCAAAGACAGCAGUUUCAAUAGUUUUACCGAUUUCGGAGAAACAAUUAUCACAGUAAAUGAUAUCGUGAAAUACUCACUCGAAAAAAAAUGCGAUAUUAGUACUAUUUUCAUUAAUCCCAAUAUUGAAUAUUUACCAACACUCUCUGUUCAGGAACUCGUAGAAACUUCAGUUAAAAAUAAUCGUAUGAAAAAUGCCAAUAAAACAUGUAAUGCUUUCUUUAUCUUUAGAACAGAGUUUUCAAACGAAGCCAAAAAACUCGGGUAUAAUUCUGGCCAAAUUUCUGUUCAUGCAAGUAUUUGUUGGAAAAGGUUUCCUGAACAAAUUAAGGACAUUUAUAAAAAUUUAUCAAAAGAAGUUAAUAUAGCAUUUAAACAACGAGUUCCUGUCGGAUUUGUUGAAUUUCAAAAAACAAAGAAACGGCGGAGAAAUAGAGACGUCAUAUCACACGAAUUGACAUCAUCUCACAUUUUGAUUGGUGGUGAAAAUAUUCAACAAGAACAUUCCAUGAAUUUAAACCAUUUAGAUAUUACAAACUUGCAUCUUCCGUUAGAUGACCCUUAUUACCAAGAAUUGAAAUUGACUUACGAAGCUAUAAUUAAUUCAAUUCCGGAUUUUAACAAUUCACAGAGGUCUACUGACAUUGAACCUCACCACAUUGAUUCAAUCUUUAAUUCGCAACAAUCUGAUCAAUCUCAUCACAAUGCGAUCAUUAAUUUAACUCCAGACUUUGAUGAUAUGCAACUAUCUACCGAAAUAACGUCACAAUCCAAUCCAUUUCAUCACAACGUUUAUCAUUUUUCCAUUUAA